AUGGAAUCCGAAUCACCAUUUCCAAAUUCCACCGAAGAGAUCGUUGCUUCAGCUCUUAUCCUUCUAUCCUCGUCUCCAUGCAGCGAGGGAACCACAUGUACGUGCCAUUCUGAUUGUUCUGAGAGUUUGUUGGUGUGUAAAUCGUGUUCGAGGUCGUCUGCUUCGUCUACUGUGAGUAGCGAUGAUGCAUCAUCGGAUGAAGCUCAUGGAUGCGGUCUUCGUAUGGUUGCUAGUGCUAUUGCUCAUUCUGAACACGAGAUGAAGUUUAAGGUGGUGAGAAAGAGCAGAUCUAAGACGUUAUGGAUUUCCGAUUGCCGGAAAAACUCUAGCGUCGAACAGAAAUCUUUUGUUGUGUCCGGUAGCUCGUCGGAGACGACAGAAGGCUCGUCGUGUUUGUCAGGUGGCUCCAGCAGCUUGGUUUCCAGCUCAGAAAGCUGGAAGUCGAAGACAAAGGGAGAGAAGCCGUCGGCUCCGGUCAGCUCCUCUCAUCUAAUCCGCCGGUCUGAAGCCAUAUUGGAAGUGCUUGCUCACAAUGGAUCCGCUUCGGAAGUCCGCAUACGUCAGUUGCUCGGCGACAGCCCCGACACCAGCAAAGCCUUGCGCAUGUUGCUGAAGAAAGAGGAGGUGAGAAGGUCAGGAGCUGGAGGGAGAACUGAUCCAUUCAUUUAUCAGAUAGUUGCAGGAUAA